AUGGCUGCAUGUCCUCAAAAAUCAAGGAAGCUAUGGACCGAUGAGUCCAUGCACGCAGCAGUGAUUAGUGUUACAGAGGAAGGGAAAGGUUUAAGGGAAUCGGCGAGACUAUAUAAUGUGCCUGUUGAGACGUUGCGGAGAAGGACGAAUGGUACUGUUAGUGUUGACUGUAAACCGGGCCCUGCAACAGUCUUGUCGAAAGAAGAGGAAGAUAAAUUAUGUGAAUAUUUGAUUAUGAUGGCAGACAUGGGUUAUGGAUUAACAAGAGAAACUGUAAUGCAUUCAGCCUUUGUUAUAGCUGAGAAGUUUAAUAAAAAACAUCCUUUUACUGGUGACUCGGCAGGUCGUUCAUGGUUUGAUGGUUUUCGAAAACGACAUCCUAUGCUAACAAUUCGUACACCUCAGCCACUAUCUCAUUGCAGAGCUCUAUCAGCUAAUCCAGAUGUUAUAAGAGAUUUCUUUGGAAAAUUAGGAGCAAUAUUUGGUCGGCUAAACCUUCUUUCUAAGCCGAUGCAAAUUUACAACUGUGACGAAAGUGGCAUUUCUAUUGUUCAUUGUCCAGGCAGAGUUGUUAUGAAAUUAGGUCGUCGUACAGUAUAUUCUCUUACGUCAGCAGAGAAGGGAAGGACGCAUACUGUUGUUGCUUGUGUGUCUGCAACUGGCUUUGUAUUACCACCAUUAAUGGUCUAUCCUCGUAAGAGACCCGUACCUGACAAUUUUAAGGAGGGAGCCGUACCUAACACUUCAUUUCACACUAGUGAGAAUGGGUGGAUAAAUUCUAACAUAUUUUUGGAAUGGUUAAAGUUUUUCGUUGCAAAUAUCCCUCCUACAAGACCAGUUUUGCUCAUUCAGGACGGUCACAUUUCUCAUGUAUCGAUUGAAGCCAUUGAAUUUGCCCGUGCAAAUCAUAUUCAUCUCCUUUGCUUGCCUUCACACACGACCCACAUCUUGCAACCUCUUGAUGUGGGUGUGUUCAAGUCCUUUAAAGCUAAUUUUAAUAAGGCUUGUUCAAACUAUAUGGCAAAAUAUCCAGGCAGAGUGGUGACAAAUGAUAAGUUAGCUGCAUUGGUUGCUGAUGCAUGGCCUCAUUCAUUUACGACACUUAACAUAUUGAGUGGUUUCAAGAAAUGUGGUCUUUUUCCAUUUAAUCCGAGUGCCGUAGAUGAUAGACGCUUGGCUCCAUCAAAGCCUUUUUGUGUGCCACAAGAAAGCACUGAGGAUGACAACGAAUCACUUCCAAGUAGUCCUAUUUUUACAGAAGAACAGGAAAAGCUAUAUACAAAAAGAUUUGAGGAAGGAUUUGACAUUAGGGAUCCUAAUUAUGAGGCAUGGAUAAGGAUCAACCAUCCUUUUAAGUCAUUAUCAGUUACUUCAG